GUGCGCAGAAGGCGUCGGAGGCGCAUGCUCCGUGGAGGUUCCGGCUCGGCGGCCCGGCGUCCGCGCUAGCGUCGGUGACCAGCGAAGUCCUGGCGGGCCCUCGGGCAUGGCGGCCAGCCUGUGGAUGGGCGACCUGGAACCCUACAUGGAUGAGAACUUCAUCUCCAGAGCCUUUGCCACCAUGGGGGAGACCGUGAUGAGCGUCAAAAUUAUCCGAAACCGCCUCACUGGGAUCCCAGCUGGCUACUGCUUUGUAGAAUUCGCAGAUUUGGCCACAGCUGAGAAGUGUUUGCAUAAAAUCAACGGGAAACCCCUUCCAGGAGCCACACCUGCAAAACGUUUUAAACUGAACUAUGCCACUUAUGGGAAACAGCCAGAUAACAGCCCUGAGUACUCCCUCUUUGUGGGGGACCUGACCCCAGAUGUGGAUGAUGGCAUGCUGUAUGAAUUCUUCGUCAAAGUCUACCCCUCCUGUCGGGGAGGCAAGGUGGUUUUGGACCAGACAGGAGUGUCUAAGGGCUAUGGUUUUGUGAAAUUCACAGAUGAGCUGGAACAGAAGCGAGCCCUGACAGAGUGCCAGGGAGCAGUUGGACUGGGGUCUAAACCAGUGCGUCUGAGUGUGGCAAUCCCUAAAGCGAGCCGUGUGAAGCCAGUGGAAUAUAGUCAAAUGUACAGUUACAGCUACAACCAAUAUUACCAGCAGUACCAGAACUACUAUGCCCAGUGGGGCUAUGACCAGAACACAGGCAGCUACAGCUACAGUUAUCCCCAGUAUGGCUAUACCCAGAGCACCAUGCAGACAUAUGAAGAAGUCGGAGAUGAUGCAUUGGAAGACCCCAUGCCACAGCUGGAUGUGACUGAGGCCAACAAGGAGUUCAUGGAGCAGAGCGAGGAGCUGUAUGAUGCGCUGAUGGACUGUCACUGGCAGCCCCUGGACACAGUGUCGUCAGAGAUCCCUGCUGUGAUGUAGCCAGGACAAGGCACAAGCCAGAGUGGACUUUGUGAGGAAGCUCAGAGACUCCUUUUUUAAAAAGAUUACUUCAAGAACUUUUACCUUUUUUGAAAUGUUUCGUAAGAUUUUAGUAAUCAACCGUUUUCUGAAAUUAUGAAUAUUUCCUGGGA